AUGAGCCAGGCCCAGCCAGUCCGCGGCGGCGACGUGUACCCACCGUCCGCCGCCGACGACCAGGAGGCACGCCGCGAGCGAGACAAGAUCAUCGGCCAACGUCAGCAGCAGCACGAUGGCGGCCUCCAGGUCACUGAGACUGACCUUCCCGCCGGCAGAUGCAUGGUCACCGCCAGCGCCGGCGGCCAGGUGAUGUCACAGUUAACCGUCCCUGUGCCGGACAGGAAGGUCGCGGAGGCCACGGACGCGGUCACCGUCGGCGAGGCCCUCCAAGCGGUGGCGCUAACCUCGGCGGGCGACAAGCCGGUGGACUUCACCGACGCGUCCGCGGUGCAGGCCGCGGAGAUUCGCGCUACGGGUCUGGGCGGGAACAUCCCCGGCGGGGUGGCGGCCGCCGCGCAGCAGGCCGCGGAGACGAACAUGAAGCUCGAGGCGCGCUGCGAGGACUGCAAGGUGAGGCUCAGGGACGUGGUGGGCAAAGCCGCGGCGGUGCUGCCGGCCAACAAGGUGGCCACGAGGGAGGACGCCGAGAAGGUGGCGGCCGCCACGAAGCGCAACGCGGGGAGGGGAUGCGCUGGCAGCGGCAAGGCCGGUGUCGCCGAGGCGGUGGCGGAGGCCGCCGCCAUGAACGAGGGGAGGAUGAUGUAA